CAGUCAGUCAUGCCGCAGCACCUGUGGGAGGGACAGAUCUGUCCGGACACCCGCUCUAGGGACUGUCGCGGACUAUCGUUCGCUGUGAAACAAUAGUAUUCUUGUGUGGGAUCUGUGUUGAAUGACUUUGGGAGAGACGGAGACAAAUUCACGAAACAGCCUCUGUUCAACACAUAUUGUAAUCUGGAGAUCCUAAAGAUACCAGAUGAUGUCAAUCGAAGAGGCACUGAGUUUGAAGGAAAGAAGUGAGGGCAUGGCAGCUCGUGUGGACGUGGCCUCUGGUGAGGUGGGCCAAGCAGGAGAUGCAGGUAUCAAGCCUGAGCUAGGCCCCAAACCCUGCCUGAUUCCCAAACCCUUUUCACUGCAGAGGAACACCACAUUCCGCUCCAUCAUAGCCCCAAAGACACUCACAAUGACUCCACAGCCAUCUCAGGCCACGUCCACUACCUCCAGCAAACCAGAGCCUUGUCAGCCUAUUAGUGCCCCUGUGUCUGACUCAAGCAGCAUUGUGAAACUCGAUGCAGAGAGCACCACGAUACCUGAACUGACCAAUGCUCUCGAAGUUCCUUCAGCCAUAACACCCCAAACUGAAUCGACCCACACUACUGAACAAAACCAAACGGCUCUUUCCACAUCCCUUACUACCCCAGAAUCUGAGCCACCAGCUAGUACCACAUCUGACCCAACUGGAACCUCAGAUGUAAAUCAAGUCAGUCUUUCUGAACUGGACGAACAUGGCCCCUCUGAUACAGGCCACUCCGCCACUGGAACUGAGCCUGUACCAUCACCAUCAGUCACCUCAACUCCUCUUCAACCGCAGUCUGAAAACACUGUGAGUGAGCCCACCCCUGCGGUCGUCAGGCGCCACGCUGGGAAGGAUCAGGCAGCCCACUUGGGAGGAGGCAGGAAGCGGCUGUCCAUGGAGCUCACCUCCAGGUUUGAGUCUGCUGGCCUCUCACUCCCCUCACAGCCACCAGCUAACCAGGAACGGGAACAGGUGACCAUGAGAGAGACUGCAGUCCCCAAAGUGUCAGUCCUCGGGGCAAAAGAGGAAGAGAAGGUCACUGAUUCACCAGGGUCACCGUCUGAACCAGAGUGCAGACUCAAGCACUCAACGCCACUGAAGGAAGAGAGGGAUGGAGAAGGGGUAAAGGAGGAAGGAGAAAAGAAAGGGAACAGCAUACAACGGAGGAUCAGUCUGCUGCUGGACUCCUCUUCGAGACCAGAGGCUCUGACCAAUAGGGAGGAAGUACCUCGUCCAUUGAAACAAGCAGUUAGUUCUGGUGGUGUGAAACAGCGGAUCAAAGAAUGGGCAGCAGACACACCUCCUGUUCAGGCAUCCAAUCAGAGGGUGGAUGUUGCCCCUCAACCAUUCCCUGUCAGAGUUCACCCUGUGUUGAGUGUCACUGGGGGGUCGUUGGCGACGAGCAAAAGCGUUCAGCUAGCUCCUCGAGAGGACAAGGCUUCCACCCUACUUCACGCUGGACAUUCUGGGAUAGAAGAUGAGGAGGAGGAGGAUGAAGACGAGGAGGAGGAAGAGGAGGAGGGAGAGAAGGAGGAGGAUGUGGUACCACUCUACAAAACAGUAGGGAUACAUCUUGGACAGGAAGAUGGAGGGAAAAAACAGGACCUAGUGGUUGAUCAAAUAUGGAAAGAGAUGGAGGCUAAGGUUAAAGAGGAGGAAAAACCUGCAGAAGUGGAUCAAUUAAAACAGCUGGAACUAGAAGAGAGACAGGCAGAAGAUGAGAGGGAGAGAGAAAGACAAAAGGUAGUGGAGAGGGAAAGGGAGAGACAGAGAGAGGAGGAAGAGAGAAAGAGGGAAGAAGAAGAGGAGAGAAAAAGACAAAGAGAAAUGGAGAGGGAAAUGAAGAGACAGAGACAGAGAGAGGAGGAGAGGGAUAGGGAGAGACAGAGAGAUAAAGAAGAGAGAGAGAGAAAGAGGAAAGAAGAAAAGGAGAGAGAAAGACAGAUAGAACUUGAGAAGGAAAGGGAGAGACUGAGAGAGGAGGAAGAGAGAGAGAGAAAGAGGAAAGAAGAGGAGAGAGAAAGACUGAUAGAAUUUGAGAAGGAAAGGGAGAGACAGAGAGAGGAGGAUGAGAGAGAGAGAAAGAGGAAAGAAGAGGAGAGAGAAAGACUGAUAGAAUUUGAGAAGGAAAGGGAGAGACAGAGAGAUGAAGAAGAGAGAGAGAGAAAGAGGAAAGAAGAGGAGAGAGAAAGACUGAUAGAAUUUGAGAAGGAAAGGGAGAGACAGAGAGAGGAGGAAGAGAGAGAGAGAAAGAGGAAAGAAGAGGAGAGAGAAAGACUGAUAGAAUUUGAGAAGGAAAGGGAGAGACAGAGAGAGGAGGAUGAGAGAGAGAGAAAGAGGAAAGAAGAGGAGAGAGAAAGACUGAUAGAAUUUGAGAAGGAAAGGGAGAGACAGAGAGAUGAAGAAGAGAGAGAGAGAAAGAGGAAAGAAGAGGAGAGAGAUGAGAGAGAGAGAAAGAGGAAAGAAGAGAAGGAGAGAGAAAGACUGAUAGAAUUUGAGAAGGAAAGGGAGAGACAGAGAGAGGAGGAUGAGAGAGAGAGAAAGAGGAAAGAAGAGAAGGAGAGAGAAAGACUGAUAGAAUUUGAGAAGGAAAGGGAGAGACAGAGAGAGGAGGAUGAGAGAGAGAGAACGAGGAAAGAAGAGAAGGAGAGAAAAAGACAGAUAGAACUUGAGAAGGAAAGGGAGAGACAGCGAGAGGAGGACGAGAGAGAGAGAAAGAGGAAAGAAGAGAAGGAGAGAGAAAGACAGAUAGAACUUGAGAAGGAAAGGGAGAGACUGAGAGAGGAGGAAGAGAGAAAGAGGAAAGAAGAGAAGGGAGAAAGACAGCGAGAAGUGGAAAGGGAAAAGGAGAGACAGGUAGAGGAAGGAGAGAGGGGGAAGCUUAGGAUGAAAGAGGAGAGAUUGAGAGAGAAGGAAAGGGAGAAACUCAAAGAAAAAGAGCAAGAAAUGGAAAUACAGAGAGCGGAGGAAAGGAUGCAGGAAGAUGAGAUAAAGAGAGAAGAAGAUCGGGAGAAAGAAGAAGCAGUGUCCCCAAUCCAAUUCAUCACUCUUAAACCUGACCAACCUCCCAAGCCAGAGCCUCCUCCCUCAACUACCGUCCCCAUCAUAGAACCAAUACCAAAAGAAGAGAAGCAGCCUCACAUCGAGGUGGUCUACGACGACUUCUCUGUCAAAGAGGAGAAGCCUCUUAUCAAGAUGGUCUAUGAUGAUUUCUCCGUCAAGCCCCGGCGGUGGGGGUCUCAGGCCAGGUUCCUUGCUGACCGUGCCCAGGUCAAGUCACCCUCCCCUGGAACAGAGGAGCCUGAGUCACUGGGCUCCUCGGAAUCCGACCUUCAGAGAACCGUUGUUGACACCCAGGAGCCAGCCCAAGAGAGUCCAGUCGAACCUCACCCAGCUGAGAGGGAUCUAGAGGGGGGAGUCCCCACCCCAAAGGAUGGAACAGAGAAUAAGAAGGAGAAGAAAAAGAAGGAGGAAGAGAAGUAUAAUGAGGAGGGCACCAGCAUGGAUAUGGAGGAGGUUCAGUUGACGUGUUAUGUGGGGGCAGGAGAGGGACGUGACACAGAGUCUCUGAUUGGUGGAGAGCCAGACAAGCAGUACGGGGGCUGUGACACGAGACUGUCUGAGGAUGACUGUCGGCAGACAACAGAGGACCAGAUCUCACCUGUCAUCACGCCAGUUGAGCCUAACAGUACGUCUCCACUAGAGGAAACAGAGGACCAGAUCUCGCCUGUCAUCACACCAGAUGAGCCUGACAGUACAUAUCCACUAGAAGAGACAGAGGACCAGAUCUCGCCUGUCAUCACACCAGAUGAGCCUGACAGUACGUCUCCACUAGAAGAAACAGAGGACCCAUUACCCUUUCCUGAUAUCUCCGCCCCUCUAUUGGACACCAGUGUUCUGCGUGCGAGGGCAGAGCUGAGGAAGAGUCGACGAACCCGCCCCACUCGAGCUUUCCGUCAGAGCUCUACCACAAUAAUGCUUGAGGAAGACCCGGUCCACGACUGGAGGUUCUAUGACUCCUCAGAUAAGCUAGACUCUCUGAUACGGGGGGAUUGUGCGUCUGGUGAGGAGCAGCCCAGAGGGAGGGAGGUUUGUUCACAACCUUCCCAGCCCCAGAGAAUAGCCCUCUUCUCUGGAAUGGACCCGUCUGCCCUCAAGGCCCAACUGAAGAAGCGAGGAGGUGGUGGUGGAGGAGGAGGUGGUGGAGCCGGUGGAGGUGAAGGAGUAGACACAGACCAUCAGACAGACAGACUUUCCCCUUCCCCCUCUCAGCUCUCCCGCUCUCCAAGACGUUCCUCCUUCCUCCCCGGGAUGUCACGAGUGCUUCCCCCUGUAGGGAACAAAGGUGCAGGGGGGGACAAGUCUCCUUCAUGGCUGCGGGAACUCAAGUCUAAGAAGCGCUCGAGUCAAUACAACAGUGAGGCCUAACUGAGCAGAGCAGGGAGAUACCAUUGACAAGGAGAUCAUUCAACUGCUGCUGCAGUUGUUGCUGACAAACACAGCUGUGGGCUGGACUCUAAUCAUGUACCUUUUCAAAAACACACUUUUUUAAUGAAUUAACUAUGCAAGACAAUGGAGAAGCAUUGGAUACUUCCCUGCGUUGUGACCAUCUUUUUCCACUUUCCUAUUUGACAAAGGAACUAUGAGCAUGUAGAUACUUUAUUUGCAACACACACACACACACACACAAACACACACAGAUGAUUCGAGGAGUGGACUCAAAAUGCCCUUUUCUGUUAAUUUGCAACAUUUGCCUCUUAUCCCAGGCCACUGUAUUUUCUAGACUGUAUCUCUCCAUCCAUCCAUACUUGCAUUCCAGAUUCACUUGACAUAAUUACCAUGUGUGUUUAGGUCAUGCACACAAAUAUCCACAAUACCACGAUGUUCACAAACUACUUGAAUUGUACAUGUUUUGCCACCUAGCCAUGAACUCUCUUUCUUUCUCGAUUAAUCUCUUGUUUUGAACUAACCCAUCUGUUUCUCUGCUCUUAUGUUAUGCACUCACUCGCUGCUCGGAUGAGCUGCUCUUGAUAAAAGCAUCUGCUAGAUAAAUUGAAAUGAUCUCUACUCUAUCCAAACAGGAAAAGGAGCAUCUCUGUCUGGAGGUUUUUGAAUAACUUCCUUAAAACCUUUACUGAAUGUCUCAAGACUUAAGAAUAUUAUUUUCCAAUAGUUUCGUUCUUAAUAGAACCAUAAUUGUUUUGGUUCCGUUCCACUGUUCUGACCAGCAAAAUAAAGUUCUGAACCGGUUCAAACCCCCAAAAGUUCUUUUUUAAACCUA